AUGCCUGAGUAUUCAUUUAGGGUGUAUGUGGAUGGCUUACCAGUAUUAAAAUAUAAAAGUGACGUACGAGUGGCUCAGUUUUUGGUCCCAUCACUGAAUAACCUGUCUGAGCACUUGGAGUACCAAACGAAAGUUGCCCAAAUAUGGCAGAUUCAUCAGGAACGCAAGAUGAAGUUUCUUAUAGGGUUUUUAAACAAGACAUCCGUUAAGCCAAAAGUGAAGAUUUCCAGCUCAGAGUCAGGGAGUGGUACAAAACUGCACUGCUGGGUGUAUGGGUUCUACCCCCGAGAUGUGGAAGUGAAGUGGAUAAAGAAUGGGAGAGAUGAGAUUUACUCAGAGGAAUCAGCAGAGAUCCUGCCAAACCCUGAUGGCACCUAUCAGAUCAGAGUCAGUGUGGAGGUAACACCAGAGGAGGGCGCCACUUACUCCUGCCACGUGGAUCACAGCAGUUUGGAGAAUCCCCUUGUAACUUUUGAAAGAAAGAUUAGUCACAUGACUUACAGAAUUGCGGCUGCUGUUGCUGUGGCCAUUCUCUUUGCUCUGGCCUUGUUUUUGUGCAAAAAAAUGAAAGGUUUUGAAUGUAACCGGCAGAGUGUGAGAACAGAGGAACAAGAUUAUAAUCAAUAACGGAUAUAUUUAAGUCACUAUAAUGAGACUCAUGAGUUACCCUAGCUGGAAAAGCUGAGGUUUGUUUCAUUUGUGUAAGAUGCCUGAAAGUGUUAUUAAUGGGGAAAUGUUAAGCACAAAGCUUAGUCUGUUACAUAGAA